CGUGACGUCAUUAUUUAACGCGCCACCGCCAUUACUGAUUGAUGCGAAAGUAGAUUCUGAAAUAGUCAUUUUUGCUUAAUUUAAGUUCUAUGAGUACGUAAUUUGGUAGAUUACACUUCUUAACAGUGCAAAGAAAUUGUUGCGCUCAUAUAUCAACCAAAUAAAAUAAAAACGUUUACGACAGUUGGCAAAGAUUCCUCAUCAACUUUGCAGUUUGCGUGGUGUAAUAACUUGUGGAACAUUUUUGUAAACAAAAUGCCCAAGCGUGGUGGAAGACUACGAAAUUGGAAACCAAAUGAACAUUUUGAACAUGAUGACCGUUCACAUUCGAAUAACACGAGGCGAGUUAGUUUCAAACCUGGCACAAACCAUAGGAAGAACAAAUUUCGUUCUUGGAAUGAUGCAUCUCAAAUAUUACUGGAAGGCGACAUUGACAUGGGAGCGUCUGGCGGUCAGGGUCCCAACAAAAGAGGAUUCAGAAGUAGAGGAGGUAGACUUGGUUCACCAGCGCCCAGACCAGCUGCAAGAAAGAAGUUUAUACCUGGCGUAUUACCUUGGUAUCAAAUAGUCAUUCCAUAUGGAGCAAAACACGAGAAAGAUGUCAUUCUACGAGCUCUGUUAAGUUUCCUGUCACCAGAUGUUUUCAUACCUCAUUAUUACAAGAUUAAUGGUAAUGCUGCUGUAUUUUUUGUUGAUGAUGUGAAAAUAGCAGAGAAACUAUUUUAUGCAGACCGCAAGAUUGUUAUGACAGAUGGGUUUAAAUUGGUUGUGAUUGUGCGCAACUCAGUGCCCAACGUCACCAUUGAUGCUGAUAUGAAGCAGAAGAUGAAACUCGCUAUGGCUAAGAGGUAUAAUGCAACUACAAAGGCAUUGGAUUUAACAAAGUUCCAUGCGGACCCAGAUUUAUCAGACAUCUUCUGUGCACUGUUCCGCCCAGUGAUAAUGCUGGCAGCAAUAGACAUAAUAGCUGAGAACAUUCCUGAUCUGGAGGCUUUGAAUCUGAAUGACAACAAGCUCCAUGGUAUUGAACACCUGAAGAUUCUCUGCACCAAGUUGAAAAAUCUUAAAAUUCUGUACUUAGGUGACAACAAGAUAAUGUUCCUUGGAUCUCUGGACCCCCUCAAACUGUUGCCUCUCGUGGAAUUGUACCUCAAAGGAAAUCCAUUGGUGAAAAGGUUCAAUGACCAUGACAUUUAUGUGAGUGACGUCAGGAAGAAGUUCCCUAAACUGGUGAGACUGGACGGCGUGGAUCUACCCCCGGCAAUCGGUUUCGACGUGUCAGACGAAGUUACUCUACCUUCCAACCGUCAGUGGUUCCUCGUAGACCAGGCCGGUCAGAACUUGGUCCGAGACUUCGUCACUCAAUACUUUGCGAUAUAUGACUCGGACUCUCGGCAGCCAUUGCUCGAGGCUUACGAAGAAACGGCCAUGUUUUCUAUGGCGGCCACAUACCCAACUGGGGAUAUGAGAAAUGCUCCUGAAAACAAAUUAAACGCGUACAUAUCUAAAAGUCGCAACAUAAUGAGAAUAACAGAGAGAGAAUCCAGAAGAAGAUAUCUGAAGAUUGGCAAGUUGCAAGUGGUCUCUUUCUUGUCAGACUUGCCGAAGACUAAACAUGACCUGCUGGGCUUUGCUGUUGAUUUACCUGUGUUUACACCUGGUAUGAUUGUGCUAACAAUGAACGGAGUGUUUAAAGAGACCAACGUAUCCGGUAACCCAACGAGAUCGUUCCACCGGACAUUCGUCAUCAUACCCAACAGUAAUGGCGGCUUCUCCAUCACCAAUGACAUGAUGUUCGUUACCAACACUACCAGAGAACAGGAAGCCAAAGCGUUCUCAGCAGGCACAGAGCAGCCGGCGGCGCCAGUAGUGCAAGCGCCGGCGGUGGCGCCGCAGCCAGCACUACAACCGCUGUACGACGACAACCAGCGCAUGAUGCUGAACAUGCUGGGCCAGCAGACGGGCAUGAACGAGCAUUGGAGUGUCAACUGUUUGCAAGAAACCGGUUGGGACUACCAACGUGCUCUCUUCAUCUUCAACCAACUGCAGUCUGAAGGCAAGAUACCUCCUGAAGCCUUCGUCAAAUGAAUCUUGCUGGUUUCUCAAUGGCUGUGCCUUUUUGGAUACCAUUCCUUGAAAAAAAGUAAAGAAAAAAGAAAAGAGAACCUUGUUGUAUAUAAUAUAAUAAUAAAUAAUAUUUUUAAGUGAAAUUAAAACAUAAUGAAGACAUGAAUGAAGAAUGAAAUACAGAAGAAUGAGUUUUAGUAAAAAAAAAAUUACCAAAAAAAAAAUGAGUAACAUGAAAAAAUUUUUUGUCAUAAGUUAGCAAAAAAGGUGUAAAAUUUAAGUUAAAUUUAAAUGUACAUUUGCGAAUACAAAAAAGAAAAAAAAAAUGUUACAAAAAAAAAAUAUAAUAAAAAAUGCUAUUGUAUACUAAAAAAUUAUAUAUAAAGAACACUUUGUAAUUUUUUGUCUAUAUUAAGCUCGUUAUCAACUGGGUAGUGGCCAAUAAAUUCACUGUCUGUCAAUCUAUCUAUUGGCAUUUUUAGAUCUCACGACUCAGUUGGUAACGCGCAUACGGAUAUAAUAUUUUGCAUAGCAAUAUGUUUUUUCAUAAUGUAAAUUAUAUCCAAAUCGCAUCAAAUUGAAGUAUAUAUCCCCCCGACUAUAUAAAAAAUUUUUAGCUGGCAUUUUAUACACUUUCUCACGAUGUGCGAAGAUUUAUAGUUGUAUUGUAAAGAUAUGGCAAAUAUUCUUUUUAAAAUAAAUAAAAAAAAUAUAUCUAUAACAAAACAUGUAAGCAAAACGCCAUUCCCAGUCACUUUUUCAUAUACAUUUCUUAUUUCCCAUUCACAUGUAAGUUUAGUGCAUACAUACUCAGUGGCACAAUUAUCCGCCCACUUUAAUAUUUUCGUGUCAUUAAAGUGGGCGGAUAAUUGUGCCUCUGAGUAUAUUAUGUGCAAGUUUGUGAAUGUGUUGAGAGGCCAGUGAAAAUUAUUUUUUAUAUAAGUACCUAGUUGUUAUAAAAUAUUUCAUUGAAGACUGCAAGCAAUACAGUUCUUGUGCAAAUCUGUAAAAUAUUUGCACUGAAAACAUUUUUGAUUAUCAAAUAAAUUAAAUGUAUCUAUGUUAAAUAGGACCUAAUUCAUUUUAUAUUAAUGUUUGAAUUUGUGUGUAUAUAUGCUAGCGUUUGUAGUGGAAUAUGAGUAGAUUAUGAACUUUAAAGUAAGAUACAUUAGGUCUAUUUUUCAUUAAUUGAUACCGAAAAUUUUAAAAACGUAGAAGCAAUAUUUUUAUGUAGAAAUUUGAAUUGUAUCGUAACACGUUCGCUGCGGCACUGAUAUUUCUGUACUUUCCUCUCUUACUGAAAGUUUAUGUGGUGCGAUACGAGGUCAAUGGACUUCGUAACUCUUGCAGACAGUAGCCGUACGAGGUCCAUUGACCUCGUAACACUUGAAGACGUUAGGUGUACGAGGUCAAUUGACCUCGUACCGCAGCGAACGUGUUAAGAUUAAGAUGUGUGUUUAAAAUAAUUGAU